CGCAUCCUUCUCGUUGUCCGUGCAUCUGAGUCCAGCAUUGCCAUGAGACUCGUCCCUCCUAUCACUCCCGCAGAGUUCUUCCAUCAUCUCCAGCGAUGCAUUCCACCCGGCGGCUGGAGGUCCAGAAUAGCCGUGGCCAACUCUGGUGGUCCUGAUUCAACCGCGUUGCUCUUCCUUCUGAGUGCAACCAUUCGAAAACAAUUGGGGCUGGACGAGAACGAUACUCCAUCUUCAGAAUCUCCAACCUCGUCCCGCUUUCCCUUACACGUCCUCUCCAUCCAUGUGAACCAUGGGUUACAGGCCGCUGCCAGUGCAAUGGAAGAGACCGCCGUGAGGAUGAGCGAACGCCUCGGUGCUCCUUCCAUUGUCGAGGCAAUUCCUUGGGGCACGCCGCCUUUUCCUGAGAAGCCCGCAGAGGGAGUUGCGAACCGCGAGAGACUAAUCCGCGAGGCCAGAUACCACAGGCUGUUUGCAGCUAUGGAUGCAGCGAGGACGAAUGUUAUAGCUUUUGGACACCACGCGGAUGACCAAGUCGAGACUGCCAUUAUGCGUAUGUCUCAAGGCAGCAGCAAUCGCGGGCUGGCUGGCAUGCGUCCGGUCCGCCGGUGGGGCAUGGGCCAUAAAGACAUCGAGUACUCCCAGUUCGGCGCCGAGGGCAUGCGGAGUUGGGUUGUCCGACCGUUCUUACAAAUUCCGAAAGGAAGGCUCUUGGCUACCUGUGAGGCGAAUAACCUCGACUAUGUGAACGAUCCUACCAACUUUCAGCCAGGAAUCACUAUUCGCAACUCUGUGCGUCACGCAUUAUCAACUGACGUUAGUGCCGAAAACGCAAAUGUAUCGCUACGCGACCUUCCCAGCGAACAGCUGUCAACGAGUCAAAGCGGAUCGUCGCAAGCAGAGCCGAUGGACGUCGCGCCUUACGUCGCAAGGCUUCGUGCAAUGGCCCCCGACUCGCCUCGCCACGAACAACUCAGAGACGCGGUCAGGCGCCUUGCCAUCCGUCUCGAAGAAGUCGAGACUCAGGUCACGAACAUCCUCGCGCAAGCCCGCCUCCCUUCCGCACCCUCCACGCUACUUCUUACCGUCCCUGGUCUAGCCCUCGCCACGACGCUCGAAGUCCGCACCUCGCUGAUCCGCCGCUGCCUCCGCUAUGUAUCGUACGGUCCCUGGGGAUCCACCUGGGCCGAGGCUAGCGGCGACCGCGAUACCCUUCAGCGCAUCGCAGAGCAGCUAUGGCCUGCCACUUCCCCUCUACCUUCCCCUGAAAGCGGGAGCGAGUCUGGCGAGAACGCUCCUGCUCCGAAACACGAGCGACGACAAUUCACCGCAGGGUCGGGCGUGACGGCAAUCCCUGUCACAAUUCUUCCCUGGAAGAAAGACACGGUCCGCUUCCGCCCUGUGGAGAAGGAGAAGGAGAUCGAAGGCUGGAUCUUCGCGCGCGAGGCGCACUACCAGCGGCAGGGCGACGAGCCGCAGAGCAGGGGCAUCGUGGACGUCACGGAAGAGAUCGUGCAGGCCGGGCGGAGCGGGAAGACGACGUGCUCAGUGCUGUACGACAACCGUUUCAAGCUGACAUUCGCGCUGCAGAAGGUGGCCAAGCCGGUGGAGGAGGAGAUCGUCAUGAGGAGAGCAAGGAUCCUGAUCGAGCCUGAUACGAAGUGGGCGCUGCCGAUGGUCACUUUGGUCGGGAAGCGGACUACUCAGAGGUGUAUUGGCAAAUAUCUGUGGCAUCUGGAUGGGUGGCAGGGGACGUGCAAACGGCCUGUCAGGUUCCAGAGUUGGAUCACGAUGAACUUCGUGCGAUCGUUAGAUGCAAUCUAG